AUGUUACUCACUCUUGAUUAUAUCAUCUCAAAAAAUCUAUGUUGCAAAUUUACUAUAAUAUCUAUCCCCAACUGCAGACUCACUCCUUCUCUUACAAGCACUGAUGUCCAGUUGCUACAAGCUUUGAAUGCGAUGAAAGAAGAGAUGAACACCAUGAAGGAUAAGAUUAUCCUGAUAGGCACAAGAAUUGAUGUAGUCAUCACUGGUAACACAACUGCCAUCAAUGGAAUUGAUGUCUUGUCUGCCCUCCCAGCACCUGUGAAUAUAUCUACUAUUGUUGCAUCCACAUCUGCUGCCCUUCCCACCUCCAAAUCAGAUGAUACUAACAUUGUAUUUGGAUACAUCUAUGGUUAUAUGUGGAACCCAAAGCUAAAAUCAAGAGACCAAGCAGAAAUUCAAGUGAAUGCCAUAAAACCAAAGUGGGCAGUUGAUAUUCAUUUUGAUUGCUCUCCAAAUAGAGAGUUAGUCAAACAACUCUUGUAUUACUUGGAAAAGAAGUUUGCUGGCACUGAUAUGAGGAUACACGACCUUCUAGAUGUUGCCAGCAAAGGGAACUUCCAGAAACAAGACAAGCCUUGA